AUGAGAGAGAGAGCCGCGGGCCUUUCGGCGUGCAGAUUUUCUCCAAGUGUUUUUUUCCUCUUUUUUUUGGCGUUUCUGUCCCUCACCGACGUGCGUCUGAGUGACUUUAAAUGCUUUGCAACGCUUUUCCGUUAUGCGAAGUCCAACUGUUUGGUCUGUCGUCGUGCCGCGGUGGGUGCCCGUCCAAGAUAACGGAGAACUGAUUCUCAGCCGGCCUGGUUACUGCAAUGAAUGGUAACACUAUCCAUCCAGCCAACACCACCACCACCACCACAGCAGGAGGAGGAGGAGGAGGAGGCCCAAGUGUGGCAGCGCCCCCAAGAGGCUGGAGGGAAUUCUGCGAGCUGCAUGCCAUUGCCACAGCCCGGGAGCUGGCUGGACACUACCGGAGCUUCGCCAGAGAGCGACCACAACACGACAUCCUCCCGCCGGAAACCUUCUCCAAGCAGUUCACUGAUCUCUUCCAGCAGCACUUCUGCUGUGAGGUCGACAAAGAUGGAGCUCCCCUUGGCCAGAACACAUGUCCCUCCACAACUGAGAGCGGUUCCCCCUCCGCCCCUGGGGCCCCUCCCCUUCCACCUCCUCCUUCCCAGCCGGGCAUGAUUGGUCGGCUGCGGUUCACCUCUUUCUCCGGGGCGCUGGACUACCGGGAGGCGGGGCGAUCGAGCGCUGGAGCCGCACUUUUUGCCGUCCUCUCCCCGAAGGCGGAGCCGGUGGCGGUAAGCCGGGAGCAGGAACAGCCCCUGCGGUGUUCUUCAGGAAACCCCUUAUCAGGAAACCCGGUGUUGCUCCGGGGGUCAUCCCGCAAUGCUGGUAGUGGGUCGCUGUUGGUUUGCAGCCAUAGCAAUGAGGACGUCUCUGGCACUGAGCACCGCCAGGUGUCUGAACGGUACUCCCCCGACACCACGGCAUCCAACACAUGCAAUGAUGUCACGCACUUCUCUGUCAGCCAGAUUCGUCAGAGUGUCCGGCGGCUCUUAAUGAGACGGCCCUCUCCCGGUCCCCCCUCCUCCCAGGACCUGUUUCCCAACAACGCCAGCCCGUUGAACCCUAACAAUAAUCCACCCAACAUUGGCGAUAGAGUGGUUGGCAUUUCCCCGAUGACAGAGGAAGUGACAGCCACGUCAUUGCCAUCGUCCUCCCUCACUUCCUCUUGCCUAAGCCCUGAAGCGACGCCCCCAACCUCAUCGUCAUCUUCGUCGUCUAGAGUAGCCUCUCAACUCCUGGAUCGUUUCCGCAGGUUACGUGGUGGCAGCAUGAGGCAGAGGAGGUCAGAGGGAAGCAGCUGCUGUAAAGAGGGCCAACUGAGGUACCUGCUGGUGGACGACACUAUUUCAGACACUCAGCCUCACUGGCAACGCUGCCGCCUGCUGGUCAGGAGGACCAGGGACACACAGGGAGAAGUAGGAGGAGGGGGAGGGGAAAGGUACCAGCUGGAACUUUAUGAUCCUCCAAAGGCCUCCUCUCCUAAGAUCACGGCCCGUUGUUCAGAUAUUCAGGAAGUUCGUCGCUGCAACCGUCUGGAGAUGCCUGACAACAUCAACACUUUUGUCUUAAAGGUUAACCGCUAUCCAGGUAGUUUGAUAUUUGAGACAGACAAUGACCAGCAGGUCAGCUCCUGGACCACAGAGCUAAAAGAAUGUAUCAGCAACAGGUCUGGCAGCAUGGAGCCGGAGCUCCUCUCCUCCCCGGCUGAGAGCUCUGUCCCGGCCAGCCGCCGAGGAAGCUCCGAGUCCGGAAGUCAGGGGUCGGUGACCUUUGCCCUGCCAGAGCAGGCAUACCAUAAGACCGAUCACUUCCUGUGUUCCUACCCGUGGUUCCACGGGCCCAUCUCCCGUGUGAAGGCGGCCCACCUGGUACAGAGCUCUGGUCUGCAGGGCCACGGAGUCUUUCUGGUUCGGCAGAGCGAGACGCGCAGAGGAGACUACGUGCUCACCUUUAACUACCAGGGAAAGGCAAAACACCUGCGCCUCUCCUUGACAGAGUGGGGCCAAUGCAGGGUGCAGCAUCUGCGUUUCCGCUCUGUAAUGGACAUGCUCAGUCACUUCCGCCUCUACCCCAUCCCGCUGGAGUGCGGCGCUGCCUGUGACGUCACUCUUUCCAGCUUUGUGGUGGCGGGGUCAAGCCCAUCGUCACAAGGGCAGCUCUCUGGCGCCGUCCUCGUCCCCUUCUCCUUGCAUCGCUGGAGCUCCGAGCCCAGCUUGGCUCAUUGCAGCCUGGCUAGCUGCUCCAGUUCACUCCCUUCCUCCUCCUCCUCCUCCUCCUCCUCCACCACCACCACCACCAACAGUGCCACCACUUCCCAUCCAGGCCCCAUCUCUCAGCCAGGACACCACCCACCGCCCCGCUCCAACCCGCCAACGUCAGCUCCCAUGCCUUUGCGGCGAAGUGAGUCGGUGGGGAGGAGGCCCCUCCUACGCCACCCCAGCCCCCACCCUCCUCUCCUCCCUCAGAGGGAGUCGGACUAUGAACUGGAGCCUGACCGAGGGCGAAAGCGGGCCAUAGACAACCAGUACAUGUUCCUCUGACCUGCCGGGCUUACACGCCACCUACCAUCACCUGUGACAAAGGACAAUCACACACUCUCACAAAAUCAUACACAUAAUACAAACACAGGGGUGUGUUUUGAAUUUCAUCCCCAUGCCAUUUUAUAUAUAAAUAUGUGUGUGUGAGUGUGUGAGAGAGAGCGAGAGAAUCACUGCAGGUGAGCACAUGAUGCCAAUGACAGUGAUCAUUAUCACAGCUUUUGAGCUUGUUGAGCGUACAAGUCUUCGGUCUGACGAACACGCAGUUGUGUGUAUGACUAAAGGUGCCCAUGCACGCCCGCGCAGCCAUUGCUGAGUGUGUGUUUGCCGGUGUCAUACUUCCACAUCCUCCACCCUGAGUGACCACAGUGAAUGUAUUUUUUUUUGGGGGGGGGGGGGGGAUAUAAAACAGUGUUGAGCGUGAUGAUUAUUCUCAGCACGGGAGAGGGCCACGGACGUAGUUUUGCUCCAGCCCUGGGCCGAGUGUAUUUUUCAGAUUUCCUUAAAAACACGCUGAACUUCUGCUGGAGCAUUUGAUUUUUCAUCCUGGGCACUUGAACUGAAACAACAGUGAAGAAAGCACUUCUUCUGAAAUGAAGUAAAUCAAAUGCUCCUGUCAGACGUUUGAAAGAUAUUUAAAUGCUAUUUUGCCCACUGUCUGCUGUUCUUCCCCGGGGGAGGGAGGGAGGCAGACCUCUGUCCUCUUCUUCAUUUUCACACACGGGACUGUUCAUGGGUCCCGAUCUCCCACUUUUCUUCCUGUACAGACACAAAUAUAAACGCACUCCGUUCUAGAGUGGCAGUAUUCUUAUGAAGUGUUUCUAAGAUAAUCCUCUGAUUGCACAUUUUCAUGUAUUUAAAAUGCGCUCCGUGCUUUUAGUAUGCUUUGGAAACAAUGUGUAUAUAUCUAUACACAGAUUUUUUUUUCUUCCAUAGGAACAUGGAAGAAAACCAAAAAAGUAGGGAAAACUAGGAUCAGGUCUCUGUGGUGCUCCUUGAGACUGAUUCAGCAUUGCUUCUGCCAAUCCAUAGCUUUGCUUCAGCAUUUAAGAAGAACAACACAGACUGGGGCGCCUCCGUAGCCGAAUGGUUACAAUGCGUACGUACCGCGUGGCCAUAUGGUCGCAACCGUCGCCGGUUUGAUUCCAGCCAGCAAUCGUUGUGUAUGUUAUACCUCUCCCCCUCCCUCCCUCCCUC